GAAAGUGCCAAUGCUGUAGGCAUGCCCUUUAUCAAGCAGGGAAAGACACCUACAUCAGCCACCACUUCUCUUUUCACCUCUCCCUCGUCCUUCCCAAAGUGUGGUCCACAGACCAGGAGUGCUCCAUUACCUUCAUUCAGGUGGCCUGUGGUUUGUCUGUAUGAGCGCAGUUAAAAACCAUACAGCUGCAUUACAGGCAGAAUAAUCAUUAAGUGGUCCUCCAAGACGCGCAGCAAUUUUCAAGAGGGUAGUGCGGGGGGGGGGGGCGAGUUGGGAGAUCACUGCCUUAUAUGUUGCAUAAACUUGUACUACCCUACCAUUUGAAUAAGUGAUUAGCAAGCAAGGCUCAAAUUUCCCCAUAAGCCUAUUAUCAUUUCAUCACCCUUCCCUUAUUCUAAUCGUGUUAGUUAAUUCAACCAAGUACAGUAAAUGAGUCCCAUAGUCUGAAAAGCCAUUCUUGCAUAGAGGAUGGGUCAAAGUUACUUGUGGACCCAGUGCCCCUCCAGCCUGAGGAUGCAGCGCUGCCAGUCUCAGACCGAGAGGACUCCAUCAUAGAUACCCCACCAAGACCAGAGUCUCUCCUGCCCCCUCAAAACUGCCCCUUAUCUGAUCUUGCUCUUCUUCAGUUCUUUUACCCAAAGGCAUUCCUGUCCCUCAAUGUCUCGUCAGCAAAUGUACCUUAAGAAAAACAUACAGCAAGCAAUGGUAUACAGUUAGCAUGAUUAAUUAAUUCUAAUACGCAUAAAUAAUGGAUGUUUCUAAUUUUUGUAAUACUAUGCAACCUCAGUUUUCUGCUACUGCCCUGGUAGAAACAUGAAAGGUUUUACUCAUGAUUUAUUUAGUCCUCACAGUGAGAGACAAAAAAUCCAGACAUCCCUCAAUGAUGGAGUUGCUCACUCUGGCUCCUCCCCCUUCCCUCUCUCCCAAUAGCAUCUGACCCUACGGUGGCCACCUGUGGUCAAAUGAUAAGAUAAGAUAUCUUUAUUGUCAUUGUCCCCUUGCGGGAACAACGAAAUUACUCGGUUGCUACAUCCACUCAGAUAAAGCAUUCCGCAUAAUCCAAAAUUACAAAAAGCUAAUUAAAAACAGUAAUUAUACUACAAAAUGACAAGUAAAAUAAGAUGACUUCAAAGUCCGGGCUUUCCAUUUAAGGCCAAAAUUGCUCUAGAGAAGAAACUGUUCCUGAGACGGCUCGUUCUUGCCUGCAUUGUUCUAUAUCUCCGUCCUGAUGGCAGGAGCUGAAAGAAAUGGUGACCAGGGUGCGUUGGAUCUCUUGAUAUAUCUAGUGCUUUUUUAUGGCACCUGGUGGUGUAAAUUUGUUCUAAGGUGGUGAGUGAGCAGCCAAUAAUGCUCUCUGCUGUUUUAAUAAUUCUACACAGCCCUGCUCUGUCCUGGGAAGUACAGCUUCCGUACCACACACAUAAACCGUACGUGAGCACGCUCUGUAUGGCACAGUGAUAGAAGGCAAGCAGCAGCUUUUGUGGAAGAUGGUUUUUCCUUAAAAUUCUCAAAAAAUACAGUCUCUGCUGCGCCUUCUUCACAAGCCCCCUUGUAUUAACACUCCAGGACAGAUCCUCCUGUAACUCAAUGCCUAGAAAUCUAAACGUUGUUACCCUCUCCACACAAAUUCCAUCAAUCAAGAGUGGCUGGACCUCGUUCUUCUGUCUCCUAAAGUCCACCACAAGCUCCUUAGUUUUCUUUGUGUUUAUGAGCAAGUUGUUGACUCUGCACCACUCUGUCAGCCGCUCCACCUCAUCUCUAUACUCAGUUUCACCCUCCUUAUCAGAGAUGAGCCCGAUGACGGUUGUGUCAUCUGCAAAUUUGACAACCCUAUUUCUAGGGUGGGCAGCGACACAAUCAUAUGUAUAAAGAGUAUAAAGGAGCGGACUAAGCACUCUGCAUCCGUUGCUCUUGCACUAUUAAUAAACACCAAGUUCUAGGAGACGGUGGAUCAUCUAUGCCAGGCAUGGCCAAACUCCCAUCAUCCCUAGCUAUCAGGACCAGUGGUCAGGGAUGAUGGGAAUUGUAGUCCCAAAACAUCUGGAGGGCCAAGCUGUUUGGCCAUGCCUGAUCUUUGCUGUCUAAUGAAGUGUCUGCUGGCUGCUCUGCCUCCCAUAUCCUUCCCCUAACACCUCAUAACUUGGCUGUUUGCCUGUCUCUAAACUGUUAUCUACCUCAUAGUUCUGCUGUAAUUCAAUGCUGCCUCCCUCUUCCCUGGCAACUACAGUAAAAACGGGGGACAAUCUCCACCAUUCCUCCUCUUCCAGUUCCUCUUCAUUCCAGUCUCUGACACAUUGCACUGUUGGGAAAUGCAGAACAUGGACCAAUACAAGAGACAAGAAAGUUAUAUAAUCCUGGUUGGAGAAUCUGAGGGCUAGAUUUAGCCUUUGGGUUGGCCUGGCAAAGGCCUUAGUCAGUUUGGCACAGACUAGGAAGAGAGAUGGCUGUGCUGAAUGCACGCAGUGUCCUGGUGACUGGGUCCAAUCGGGGUAUUGGCUUUGAGCUGGUCAAACAGCUGGUUGGGAAAAGCAACCGGCCAGAAUGGAUCUUUGCCACCUGCCGGGACCCAGAGGGACCACGUGCCCAGGAAUUGAAGAAUUUGGCUGCUAAGCACCAGGGAGUAGAGAUUCUUGCACUGGAUACUUCCGAGCCAUCUAGUGUCAAGGCUGCUGCAACUCGAGUCACAGAGGGGUUGAAGGGAGCUGGGCUAAAUCUUCUGAUAAACAAUGCUGGGAUUGCAAAGCUAAGAACUCUGGAAACAGAGACACCAGAGAGUAUGGCUGAGGUAUACAAAACCAAUGUGAUUGGUAGCAUGUUGGUGACUCAGGCAUUCCUGCCCUUGCUGAAGAAGGCAUCCCAGGAAAGUCCCCAGAAAGGGAUGAGCUGCAGCAAAGCUGCCAUUAUCAAUGUAUCCAGUGAAGCCGGUUCCAUUAAAAAUGUCCUUAUAUGGAGUGAAGGGCAAAUCAUUGGUUACCGUUGUAGCAAGGCUGCUCUGAACAUGCUCACCCGGUGCCAGUCUCUGGGGUAUGCCAAAGACAACAUCCUGUGCAUUACAUUGCAUCCUGGGUGGAUACAGACAGACAUGGGAAAUUCAUUGGGGCAGCAGCCCCCACUGACUGUGGACUACAGUGCGCAAGAAAUCCUGAACACCAUUUCCUCUCUCUCUGAGAAAGACCAUGGCACAUUUGUGAACUUGGAUGGGAAAGUCCUUCCCUGGUAAAACACCAAACAACCUGCUUGUCUGCACUGUAGAAGGAAACCCCUCACUACCAGGCAACAUAAACACAUGAGAAGACAUGCCUUUUUUUCCUUCUACUUCUUUAAAAAUUACAUCUUCAACUGAAACUCUCACCAUCUAGCCUUCCUUUGAACUACUCUGUGUAAUGAUGUUAAUUCCAAGUGACUUUUGCAGUCUCACUUACUUAUAUUUCUUUUUAACAGUGCAAGUCAUCUGUUAACUCAUUUAUUCACACUUUCAAGAUACAGGUACCAAGGGUGCUAGUUAGCCUCCACUGCACACAUGUUAUGGAUGCUUCCAAAUGUGGGUGACCUAGCAACAGCCAGUGGUUGCUGUUCUGCUUCAAGCAUUUGAAGGGUCACAGCUAGAGAUUUGCUAUAUCUAAUGCAGAUAUUUGGAGAAGUGCUGUAACAGCUCAGCGGCAGAGCCUCUGCUUUGCAUGCAGAAGGUUCUAUGGUCAACCUGAUUCCUCCAAGAAUAUAGAAUCAUAGGAAUGCCCCUAGUCUGAAAACCCAGAGAGCCUCUGCCAUUCAGUGUGGACAAUACUCAGCAUGAUGGACACAGUAUACCGCAGCUUCAUUCCUAUGUUCCUCCCUCAGGGGCUGGUCGGCUGUUUGGCAGAGGGAGGCAGAAAGUAAACAAUGUUCUGUGAUUAUCUAUUAGAGAGGAACACAUAAACACACACACACACACA